AAGAUGGAUAACACAUACACAUGCACGUUUGAUAUAUCGAAUGGUAGGCAAUGACGUUAUAAAUUUGUGUCCGGAGCCUCUUCUCGAAAUAGGUUUCAUGAAGAGUGCGGCUAAUGCUAGCUGAAAACGGUUCAGCAUCCGGUUUGUACGCAUCUUUAUAGGUAACCUCAUAUCUCAUCUCAUGCCUUUAUAAGCACCCCUAUUCUUCAAGCUGGGACUUUGAAUACCCAAUCCGAAAACCAGAUGCAAUUACACAUACGACAAAUUGAACAAUACCUAGGAAUACAGAAUGAAUCCACCAUCCCAUAGCCAGACGCCCCGGAGACCACCGUCCUCUGGCACAUCCAGGCAAAAAAGCAACCCACAAACACCAAAACCCGGCAAGACCAUACCAGCGCCGGCGCCGAAGCUAAGUACCCAAAGAGGAAGAAAUCCAAGCAGCUACAACACCAUACCCCAACACCAGCAUCACGCCCGACCGUUAGAACCCGCCUCAAUCCUAAGCAACCCGCGACUACGGCAAGUAACCGGCAUGCACCCGCGCAAAGCGUGCUGGUGGAAUGGGAUGCACUUGCCGAAAGACGAAUUGAUCCGGUUGCAAUGGGCCAUGACACUACCGGACGUCUACCCCGCCAAGCGGCCGAAGGGCAACUUCUAAACCGGUAUUGACGGGAUCGCAAAUCAAAGGAGAAGGAAGGGCCGGCGUUAAAUAAUCACUGCUCAAUUCUUUCGUCAUUAUCAUCACACUAUCCACUGUCCAUUAUCUUAUCCCUAUACACCAACCGUGCAAUCGGGUAUCUCAACAUGGCAGCAAACCAA